GACUUCAAAGCAUAUAACCUGUGCCGCGCACCAUUUUCAGGUGGACAAGCUUACGGAUUGGCAUGGUGGGAAAGCCUCGCAGUCAGUGCCGACAGACAUCCUUUGAAGGCACUAGCAAUCACCCUCUUAUCUAUUGUUCCCCAUGCUGCUGACGUUGAACGCCUCUUCUCGGAUAUGGGUAGCACUCAGUCUCCGAAGCGCUGCAAUCUCACAGUAGAAACAAAUAUUUGA